AUGGCGAGUUACAUGAAGAGCCGCCUCGACCCCGGCUUUUGCUGCGGGUGUUCUCUUCGCCGAGUCCUGGCUCACAAGCUGAGCUGCCGUCGCAACUUCUGCUACUCCCUCACGCUAGUCAAUCCCAUCGGUGCUGCUGUCGCCGGGGAUGCCUUCAAUGAUCCGGCCCUGGGCAACGUCUCGGAAGGAGUCACGAGGGGGGUACUUCUUGCUCACAUGUACCUCUGGGGCCUCGUCCCUGCCAAGGUGCAGUUCUUUCGUCCAAACCGGACCCGCGUCGGUUCCAGUGAACCGGAAAUCUCGCCUCAGCGAGAAAGCGUCUACCUUGCGACGGUGUGGGGAGAGGAGAUGACCUUCUUGAAGGAGCUCAAACGCCGCAGCCGUGGCGCCAUAGAGAGCUCGCGAAAGAGGAAGCGUUUCUUUCCACACUCUUUCUGCCGGAGCGGCUGGUUCAAGGUGCCGGCGAUGUCGGACUGCAAUGAUUUCAUCUUGAGGACUCUUCGUUACGGGAUCGACCGUGGUGCAGCUGGCAGUGUGUCCAAGGCGCGGGUGCCAGAUCUGCUGCCAAGGAAGUUCUGCAAGAUGAGUAACUCGGCCGUAGGUGCUGCCACCAACUACCUGGUGUCGGACAGGUGCCUAGCCGAGGACGCGCAGUUCCACACGGGAUGUGCCCUGAGCGAGAUGCUCACAACGCAAGACCUGGACAUGGCUGCCGCUCAUCUGGAGGUCGUUGCGCUGUUGCUGCUCCUCUGCCACGGCUGCCGUUCGGACGGUCGUGGUUUCCAUGCGGGGUCCCUGGAUCAGGUCCUCUGGACUUUUGGUUCCCUGGUGCUGGAAGCCCUCCGCCUCAAGCGCAUCCUGCCCCAGGAGGAUUCCCAGGCGUACCUGAGGGCCACAACUGCAGCAGCACAGGCCGUGCCAAUGGCUGCCUGGCGAUCGCGAGGAGAUCCGCGAGCUUUCGGAAGGCCGCCGUGCCAGCGGGUUCUGAGGGCACCGCUUUGCAUCCACGAUGGGCAGCUGCUGACGGUCGACCCGGUUGCCUCCGAUCCCUACGAUCGGCGCCCUUUCCUGGUUUCAUGGCCCGACGGGGAGGAAGGCAGCCCCAGUCAGCUGAAGAACAUGGUCUUUCUCAAGCUUUUUGGCUUGCUCAGCGACAUGCCCUUACGCAGCUUGGCCUUGGGAGGUCAAGGCUUCGCCGCCAGAAGGGAAGUACUCAAGUUCCGAAUACAGCGCUCGCAGAAUCAGGCCCAAGCCUUGGUCUUUCUCCGUGCGGAAGCAGGCGAUGGUGGGGAAAUCGGUGAACUCGGCGACCUCAUCUUCUCAGACGUCAGCGCCAUAAGGCGCGCUGUGGCGGGCGAAGUGCGCCGACUGCUGCCCGGCUUCCAGGCCGAAAUCCUCCAGAUCCCUGGCGCCGACUGCCAGAGAGGGGAGCAGUGCCCCAGGCGAAACGUUACGAACCUGCCUUCUCUCGACAAGGCGCUCCGGCAACAAGGCGACGGGGCCUGCAAGGAAGUGUUUCAAGGGAUGCAAGACUACCCUCUGCUGCACCAGCUGCAGCUGAUCCUCUUUCGGACCCAGGUGCUGAUCGCCACCUUCGGCGCCACACUAGCCUGGACUCCUUUCUUGCAAAGUGGCUCCUUCGUGAUUGAGCUGCAUCCUGGUCCUCCGGAAAGCCUGACGCAUUUUGGCAGCUGCUGGACACAGCCGCCAGCGAUGUACCGCUUGCCGCAGCAAGAUGUGCCCGCCUGGGACAUGAAUCCCCGCAGUGAGUGGGGAAGUUGGGCUCAGGCAGCCCAUGUUCAUCAUGCCUGCGUUGCAGCACCGCCUGCCGAAAAUGCACGCUGCUUUCGGAAAUAUACGGUGGAUGUUUUCGAAGUUCCGGAGUUCGAGACCGACGUAAAGACGGUGGUUGCCCUUGCACUAGAUGCGGCCAGCAAGCUGUCCAGCCGUCGUGGUGCGGCCACAGUUCCAGCGUGA